AUGGACACCAAGAAGCACAAGCAAGUCUGCUUCAAGCUCGUGCUCUGGUUGCGCAAACCGUCUAUCCGGGGCAGCAUGUCCACCCAAGAAAUGAUGCUCUGCGCCAAACAUUUGAAGUACAUGAGCGCCAGGGUCAGCAAAAGCACAGAAGAAAGAGCCGAAAGCAAGGCAAGCAUUCAGAGCGUCCUCGGCGGGGUGAAGGCAGCACAAGCGGAAAAGGACGCCGCUCGCCAGCUGCAGGCCCAAGCGACGGAAGCCCGCGCCGCCGCCAAAGCGGCCGUGGCGACCGCAGCCCAGAGCCUUAACCCCAAGAGGUACGGCGAUGCGGAUUACUGGGAAGAGCGACACGCCAAGAGCAGAGCGAGCGGCGAGACGUUCGAGUGGUACACCGGCUAUCCGGAUGAAGCUCUGCAGAAGGCGUUUCCGCAAUCUGUCCGCGGCAAGAAGACGCUCGUCAUCGGCUGCGGCACCUCCGUGCUGUCCGAAAAGAUGUGCGACGACGGCUUUCGCGACGUUCUGAGCAUCGACACGUCGAAGAACGCAGUCGAGCAGAUGACGGCCAGAGCGAAACCAUUCAACAACGCCAACACCAAGUGCAGGUACCAAGUGAUGGACGCUUGUGAACUCAGUCAGUGCGACGGCGAAACCUUCGGAGGCGUUGUCGACAAGGGGACGAUCGAUGCCGUGCUUUCCGGAGGGUUGGAGCGCGCUCGCCGCAUCUGCCAGGAGGCGAUGCGUGUCCUGGAGCCCGGCGGCAAGUUCUUCGUCAUCAGCAACACGCCGGGAGAGAAGCUGCUGGCUCCUCUCCUGGCUAUGUGCGGCCCCGGGUCGACCGCGGACCAGCCGCUCGCCGUCCCGGUCCAGGGGUGGAAGGGGGGCUCCGACGGCAAGGAUGAUCGCGUGUACGCGUACACCGUCCUCAAGAGGGGCGGCAGCGGUGCAGCUUCCCCGCGGCAGGCGAAGAACCACGGAGGGAACGGGGCCGCCGCCGGUGCGGUCGAGGAGGGGCCGGCGGGUGCAACCGGCCGUGGUGGUGGUCGGAGAGCGCCCUCGUCCGCGAGCGACACGGGCGUCGUUCCUUCGCCCGAGGAGCGUCGGCAAGAAAAACCUUCUAGUGAAGGCUUGGGGGAACUAGACCAGCUCCUCUCCAGAGAAGUGGGAGGCUUGGGGACAAUAGACGACAUCCUCGCCAAAGAAGUCAAAAGCUUGGCGCAACUGGAAGACCUCCUCUCCAGAGACCAAUGCUUGGGGAAAAUUAGAGACCUCCUCUCCAAGAAGCGGCCGCCUGCUCCGAAGAAAUUGGAGUCAGGCGAUGAGAGAUUUUCCACCCUCUUGGAACGCAAAGCGGCGACGCGACCACCUGAAGCAAUGCCGCUACCCGAAGCGACGCGGCCACCCAAACUCGCCCUACCCUGGGGUUCGCGGGAGAGCUUUUCGGAAGACAGUGCCUCCGCCACCUACGAGCUUAAGCUGGACAAGGAUGUCUCGCCGUCUACGCUGCCCGUGUCGAUGGACGCGACGCGCGUCAAAGCCUGCUACCGACCGCCACCCGGCGGGGGGGACCCCGAGGUGCUGCUGGACCGGGAGUUUCACGGGCACGUGACCGGCGAAUCCACUUGGUGCAUAGAAGACAAGAGAGUGCUUGUUCUGAGCCUCUGCAAGCGGACCCAAGAUUUUUGGAAACGCCCUUUCAAGAAGGACGAGUCGGAACCACAGGCCGCCGCUACUCGAAGUCUAGCAGACGACACGAGCAAGACCCGCGAGCCUCCGGCGGUAGGCGAUGCGCCGGGGCUGAAGAAGUCCCCCGCGGCCGCCGGCUUGGGGCCGUCAAAGCCGGUGCCGACUCCUCCAACAGUGCCGAGGAAGCACGUGCGAUCGCCCAAAGUUGACCUUGUUGCCAGCUACCACAACUUCAAGGCCCCGGAGCGCUUCCUCCUCGAAGACCACAUCGGGAUCAAGAAGCUCCAGUUGUACCUCUCCAAGCCGCCGGGGUUCGAAGUCACAAAGUUCCAAGUCUCCCGCGUGGGGGCGGAGCUCUGCGAGGUGCGCUUCGUGUGCCGCGACGCGGCCGGCAGAGACCUCCCGGACGCGCAGUUCCUCCAGCGCGCGGACGUCGGCAGGGAAGACUUCGAGGGCGACCGGGCGUCGUGCUCCGCCGAAGCGACGGACAGCAUGUGCGUCGUGGGAGUGCCUUACAGUGGUACCGCCAGCGGCCGCGGCGGCGUGGAAGAAGAGGCCGAGAGCGACGGCCUAGACGACGAGGGCCUGCAGCGCGUCUCGUGCCUGAGGUGCCGGUUCUGUAAGCACCCCAUAACGCCGGCCGGGAGGGUCCUGGCGGUCAGGGCGAUGCCCUCGGGCAGGUGGGACGAGUGCAUCGAGGACAUGAUCUGCUACGACGGGCCCCAGGCGGUGCCGAUGCUCGCGAGGGACGUGAACUUCGCCCGCCCCGGGCGCUGCCUGAUGGCGCAGGCGGAGGUGCUGCUGCACCCGCGGGACGUGAUAACAGGCGCGCUGACCGUUGCCGACGCGCGAGGAGGGGCGGUCAGCAUGAUGCCGGAGGAGGAUGACCUGGAGUGGCGGGGUGUCGAUUGCGCGCGGUGCGAUCUGCCGCUCGGGCGACCCGCUACCUCGCCAAUCGGGCACGACAACAGCUCGCAAGAGAGCGUCGGCCUCCUUCUCCUGAAGCACUGUCUGCUAGGGGAUGACGAUGGCGACGGCGGCGGCGGCGGCAUAGGAGGCGGUGAAGGUGAACACCGCGGUGCAUCCGACGCGAAAGGCGGAGGAGGGGAACAAGAAGCGGCAAGAGGCAACGGCAGCGGUACCGGCAGCGCCACCGAAGGAGGAUUGGCGCGAGGACCCCCGGAGGCGACGGCGGGCUCUCCGGAAAAAAAGUCUCCUCGAGUAUUCGAGAACCGGACGGCGAUCAAGUGGCUUCAGCGGGAGAUGGCUCACUACAACGAGAGGGACGGCUGCGCCCGCUUCAUCGUGUCGGCGAAGGGCCGCUCCCCCGCGACCCCCGGCGGCUCCCUGAGCCUCCUGCUGGUGAAGAUGAACAGCUUGGUGUCGGUGGAUGGCAGCAGCAAGCCCGGCCGGGCUCACCGGGUAGCGUUCCGCGAGGAAUCCCUCGAGGAGGCGGAGCGAGCGGACGAGGAGGAGCGGCGAGGGGCCGCGUCCGAGGCGUCGCCGCCGCGAGACGAGGCGGCUGAGGGGGGGGGCUCGGACAAGACGGCGGCGAAGGUGCCUGCACGCUUGCUGGAAGUCUCUUACGGCGAGUACGCGACGGUUAGGCAGAGGCUUCUUGAUACGGCGUGGGCUGGUGCUCCUUGGCGCAAGCUGGACUCCCGCGGGUACAGCUACAGCUACCUGUUUUGAGAAGGUGUUGACGGGGAAAGUUGUUGUCCCGGGGAAAGUGUAGACUGCAGCGAUACUACUUUAUGGUAGUUUCGCAGUUGACAGCUUUGCGGUUGUAUUGUGAUAAAUGUAAAUGAACGUGUUCCUGGCAUGUAGAUGUGUCACGCGUGACGUGAUGUGCAGCAAGCGUGAGGGCGACCGUAACGUGCUUCGUGGGGUGCAUUCGCGGUGACACGUAGGUACGUGUCGUUUAGUGAAACGUGAUCGGUGUCUGUGUCCUAGUUAGGUUUAAGAUACAAGUGUUACUCUGCGUUGUGGCCUCUAGAGUGCUUUCGAUUGGUCUUUAAUCUGUUUCUGGUAAGAGAUAGAUGCAUGACAGGGUAUUACCUCGUUUCAGAACGAAAAAAAUGGUGCGAAGUAAUCUACGUGAAGUCUUUUUGUUGCCCUCGCAACGGAAGCCGACGUUUCUCUGGUCUGUUUGUCCUUGUGAACACACCUUCGACGGGUCGCCGAUGUUGCGCAUCGUGUCUUCAAAAGUAAAGAGCU